CUUCCUCUUUCCCCCGAUUCAGCGUUCCCCUCCAGUUGCUGCCGUUUCUGUCCAUCGGCCGUAUUUCACUUCAACAUGCCUGCUGAACGGAAGCGAGGUGCCAAGAAGGAGGAGGGAGAAGGAAUUCAACUGACUUGGACUGCGCCUGUCGAACCCGCAAUGCCGCAGCACAUUGCGUUUGCACCGACGAUGACACCCGGGACGUUCACGGAGCCUUGCUCUACUCCUGAGCCCGACACAGAGCCAUCCUUGUUUCCCUCCACUGUCGGCGUCUCCUCCCCGCGCCGACCAGGGCACGGCAAGAAGAAGGCAGACAACCAUAUUCCCCGUCCUCCGAACGCGUUCAUCCUCUUCCGCUCUUCCUUCAUUAAAAGUCAGCAUGUUUCGUCCGAGGUCGAGACGAAUCACAGCACGCUCUCAAAGAUCAUCGGCAUCACCUGGCAGAACAUGCCUCACGAGGAGCGUCAGUUCUGGCAUAGCAAGGCCAAGGUCGCGCAGGCCGAGCAUAAGCGCAAGUUCCCCGACUACGCCUUCCGCCCGCUUCAUCUGAAAGGAAAAGGUACUCCGGAUAAACGCAAGGUAAGGGAGGUCGGUCCUAAGGACAUCAAGCGUUGCGAGAAGAUUGCCGAGCUUCUUGUUGAGGGGAAGAAGGGCGCCGAGCUUGAAGCUGCCAUUCAGGAGUUCGACCGUCAUCACAUUCCACCUAUCAUAACACGCUUCGAGGCGCCGUUGACAGCCAGAAUGUACAGGCGUUCGUCGUCGGAGCCCGCGCCCGAUACCGAUACCUCUAUUCCGGCAUUCCUGGUCUCAUCCCCCAAAACGUCUUCGCGUCGUCUUCGUGCCGUCAGUUCACAGCCCGGACGUUCGCGCUCCCCAUCAGUCAAGCCUGAGGCAUCGUUCAUUUCUUCUGCUUCGACUCCGCCUGAGGACCUCGGUGAUGAGUCCAUGCCCCCUCUCGUCCUCCCACCCCUCCCACCUCCCGAUUUCUCGAAUUAUUCGCUCUCUUCAACACCUGAACAAUCUUUUAUCAAUCCAUUCAUUUACAACGAGGCUACUGCCUCUUACACAGACUCCUGUGAUCCUCUUUCGCCACCGCCUGACGGCCUGAUUCCCUUCGAGCCGAUGUGGACAGCACAACAGAUUCAUCACCCGUCCAACCAAUCUGAUGUGUUCGAGAUGACCCAUCCUUCAAUCGACACGUCCGUUUGUAACGAGUGGCCUACAUCUCCGUCCCAGUUUUCCAGUCCUCCUAGCACCCCGUACGAUUUUGCGAACACCUGCGUCUCACCCAUCUCGGUCCAAUCAGAUACGGACGACCAGUUCUUGGUUACACAGCAGACGAUGCGAGCGUUCUCUGGAGAUAAUUUUGAUAACUGUGGAGUACGGCCGCAGUCGAUGUUUGGUCCAGGUGACUACGCAUCGCCGUAUCAUCAGUUAGACGCUACAGUUUUCCAUUCCAAUUUCUCCUUGCCGCCUUCGAAAGGCGCUUUCACUUUUUUGACCUACAACAAUCUCCCCGAGAAUGCUCACCAGGAUGUCAGCUUCUCGGACUACCUCGCGGAACCCCUUCUCCUUCCGAAUUUCGCACAAUGAUGGCGUUUUUACUCGGCUACACUAUUCCCACACACGUACCAAUUGGAGAACUUUCCCUUAUUUGUCUUCCCAGAAUCAUCCCUCUUGUACUAUCGCGCUACCCGUGGGUUUCGGCUCUGUUGUAUUAGUGUGUCCCCCAACUCUCACCGUCUGUGCUAUCGAUCCUGUGCCUCUGUUCUGGAUCCUGUUGUUUUCCCGGACCUGUGUCACACACUACCUCGAUUUUUUAUUAUUUUGUAUAUAGUUAUCGCGAGCCAUCUGAAUGCAAGAAUAUCGAUUCACUGUACCUAUUCGAAUGUAUCGCCCCCAUGCGUUC